AGAUCUCUCUCUCGCAGAGGAGACGUGGAGUUAUCGGAAUAACGCUGUUUGUCCGGAGCGUAUUUUUACUGCCGUUUCACGAUUCGAGAGAAAGCAGGGUUCAGUCUUCGUAUUAUCAUCGAUCCCCAACGACUCGUCGGUAUAUAGGUAUACCUUCGUUCUCAUAGUGUAGUGCAAUCUCUCGUUCUCGUCGAUGCGGCGGGAACUACGACGGAAGUGGCAGGGAGCGGAAACGAUAUCGAAACCGAACGCGGGGUGCUGCCGCGCGAUCUGCGGGUUUCGUGGCGCGAGGUGGUGAUCGUCCCCCGUUGUGGGUCGCCUCGGUUAGUGUCUUCCGCGACUCGGGGGGUCGCGCCCGGGACUAGGCUCGCCGCAACAUGGGCUGCGAACUUAGCAAACUGGCCUCCUCGAAAUCGCGAAAUCAAGCCGGAAACGAUGGCUCGUCGCCGCCGCCGCCGCCGGCCGCCACGGAUCCCCGACUUCCGCUCACGGCUAGGCAAAAAUUUACGGUUAUCGCCAGCUGGAAAGCGGUCUCCAGGGCACUGGAGCCCACGGGUAUAUACAUGUUCAUAAGGUUAUUUGAAGAAAACGCGGAACUGCUAAAUAUGUUCACGAAAUUUCGGGAUCAAAAGACAAAAGAGCAGCAGUCUACGAGCAUGGAACUGGCCGAGCAUGCGAAAACGGUCAUGUCCACUCUCGACGAAGGUAUCAAGAGCCUGGAUGACAUGGACGCGUUUCUCACGUACCUUCAUGAAGUCGGGGCCUCUCACACGAAGAUCCCCGGCUUCAACCGGCAAUACUUCUGGAAAAUCGAGAAACCGUUUCUGGACGCGGUGGAACGCACGCUGGAGGACCGAUACUCGGAAAAUGUGGAGAACAUCUACAAGCUGACGAUCAAGUUCAUCAUCGAGACGCUGAUCGACGGCUUCGACAAGGCGCAGAGUGACAAGGCCAAGUCCUAGUCGUCCUAGUCCCGAGGAUCCGGCACGCACGCGAUCGCCCUCGAUCCUGCGAGAUGUUGACCGCCCCCCCAGGUUGGCUCGGUUCCCCCGACGCCUGGAACGACGGCAGAAAGCCAGCCGUCGCCGAUUCUUGAGAAGACGACGACGGGGACAAUCGUCGUCCUCGCGUUGGUUCGCGCGACGCCAACACACGUGUCGUCGCGGCUGCGUUUCUCCGCGGAUCCCCGAGAAACGCGAAAUGCGAGCGCGUGGCGCGUUCUUACGCCGUCUCGCCCUCGCCGGCCUGAGAUCUUUUUCCCCCUCGAGCGGGUCUCGCCAUUGAACGUCUCCGGAUAUUAAGAACACGAGUCCCGAGUCAGUCCCUCGGGAUCUCGAAUACCGCGCCGCAACGCGAAGCGAAGCGAAAGAGCCGCGCGGCUCUCCCGAUGGUCGAAGGGUUCUUUCUUUUUAUCUGUUCGAUUUACGAUCAGUGUUGAUUGAAUUUGCGAUUACGCAGAUAAAAGCGAGUCUGAACGACACGAAGGCCCAGGAAACGUAUGGAGACGUUUGAAAGCGUCCAAAGUUUUCGAUCUUUUUUCUAAAUGUCCUCGCGACAUUAUUUUUUACCAAUAUCUGAAGGUACAUUCUAUUCGUAUAUUUAUUUGAGAAUGAAAACGUGACUGAUGAUUUAAAAUGUAUUUAUUUUUUUGCAUUUAUAGCAACAAAAAUUACAUUUUUUUUUUUUUAGAAAGUCCAUAUGAGAUCUCGCGAAUGUCGAUCUUAAUUGUAAGUUUAACCGAUUCUUCGCCCCCUUCUAAUGCCAAUAUCGGGAAAGGGGCGAAGGAUUAAACUGAGAUUAAAGCGUAUCAACGGCGGGUGAAACCACCCUGUUAAUUGCUGUAAUUCGAAGUUUAUCUGGAAUCUACCCGGGUGAUCGACCGGCUUUUUGGCUUUUUACGAACGGUGCCAAAACAUUGGAUAAAAUUGGCUUUCAGCAGUGAGAUUUGCCUCGAGUUCUAUGAAUUGUAUGUUUUUUUUUUGCAUGCAAACAUUGUCUGCGAAUGGGCAAAUUCCGGGACAAAACGAGCAGGUUCCGCGAAUGGAAUACUACGUGCUUUUGUGAAUUUAUCAAAUUUGCGCCACGUUAUCAGAGGAAGACACUUCAACUCGUUCUGUUAUUAUUAUUUGUUUGUUGUUUCAAUGGAAGUUUAUGUUUCAUCUCGCAUUGCCUUUCGCAUGAAACGCAAUACAUUGUAAAUGUGUGGUGGCAUGUUUUUUGGGAGAGGGAGGGGAAAAAGCGCCAGCAUUCCACUGGAUGCUCUUUAAUCGAGUACAAACGAGUAUCUUCGGAUGAAAGUAGAUCUCAAAGAGUUUGCGAAUUCGAGUACAUUAUCUAAUUUUAUUUAUCGUGUCGCGCGCGUGUACAAGCAAACAUCUAUUUUUUUUUCCUGUCGUCUCUACUCAUCUUCUACCCAUCAUCGUUCGCUAUUUAUUUCCCUUCGCCGACGAGAUAGGCUUCCUCUAGUUUUAAUACGGUUUAACAGGAGCAAAACGUAAAGUGACACACGUCGUUAUUGAUCAGACACAGAAUUAGAAGGAGGGAGGUGGGAGAGACGCGUUUCUCAUCCACGAGAGUCCGAUCUUAAGAGGAUUAAUAAAACGUAACUUUGGUCAGCUAUAUGAUAGCCCUCUGCUCGCCGUGAGGUCGGAAUAGGCCGAAAUGAAAGUUCGUAUUACGGCGCCAUUACCAACAAAAUAAGGUUCGACCGGCCGCUAAUGCUCGCCGCACACGACGCAAACGUUUUAAGAGUCUAUUACGUUGCGCGAGCUUUCAUUAACUUCUCAUGAGCGCCAUAAAAACCACCUAAUGCGUAGCAGAUAACGACGUUUCUUUCGUCAAGCGCGUUCCCACACACAAUUAACCGCGAGUUUACGAUGUUAAGCGCGAAAGAAAAGAUGUUUCUCCGUUCAGUCCUCUUUUCACGCGUUUUUCACGUCCAAAGGCCUUUUGCGGAUAACGAUUAUUCAUUCUACUAAUAGCAUUAAGCCGCUUUCACUCGCGCGGGACGUAAAGUACUUCGGCUUUUGAGGGUAUCGUAGCUCGCGGGGUGAAAAAUUCUCAGCUCUCCCUCUCUCUUUCUCUCUGUCUCUUGCGGUCACAUAAAUCUCAUAAAAUUCAAUGAAUCGACAAAAAAAAAUUUGCAUCGUUGCGCGUAGCAGAUCGAUAUUCGCACUCGAUUGAAAAAAAAAUCGCUCAAGUCCGUGCCAUUUAACGCCAACCAAUGUUUGCAAACGGCCCUGUACUUCGCGUUCAGUGAUUCGAUCUCGAUUCGAUUAUCUCGCCGAGGAGUUUCUCCCUUUUUCAAAUUGGUCGCCGUUCGAUGCUGUUGUAAUCUAUACAUUGCGCAAAUUACCAUCAUUUGUAAAAUAGUAUCGCUAGAGUUUCAAGCGAACGGACGGAUUGCCCCGAGGUAAUCCGCGCGAACUUCGCAGGUUUGAUGUGAUACCGCGAUAUAUAUCUUCUGCGGAGAGAUCGUGUAACUCUCUCGGCGAGGGUCUCAAAUUGAUUAAGAAGUUACACAUACCUUCUCGAUGCUGACGAAUUACCGAUUUUUGAACAUUUUUUUUUAAAGGCUAAUAAAUUUGAUAUAAUAUUUACAAAAAGGACAUGUUUUAUUGAUUAUAUUAUUAAUGUGUACAAAAAAUAAUUUCUUAAAACUAUUUUGACUUAUUUAAUUGGACUUUUACUAGGGUUGCUCUUGGACCCACCUCUUCAAGUCCUUUUCAAUCUUUUUUUGAUGAAACAAGUUUUCACUUGUGUUAAAUGCAAUUCUCUUGAAAACUAUUUAAAAAAAUUUUUAAUUACAACAAUUUUUAUAAACAUUCAAAGACCGCAAAAUUUGUCGAAAAAAAUCGAAUUUUUUUUAUAUGUUAUAAUUUUUCAAUUUUUUUUUAAUUUAUAAAUUUCAGCUUGUCAAGUCUUAAUGACGUCAUAAUUAUUUUUCUUGUUUUCGUUUAUUUUACAAAGUAUAAGUAUAAAUACUGGAAGGGUGUUAUGUCGAACGGCCCGAAAGCGGCCUCAAUAAAGGUUCAUUUUAAUUAAAAUCGUUUUGAAAAAUAAUUUUUUUAUACAUUAUACAUAACAAUCAAAUUAUUCUUUUUUGCAGAUAUCAAAUUUAUUUGUUAAUUUUUAAAAGAAAUUCCCAAAAAGUAAUCAUUUUUCAGCGUCGAGAAGGUAUGCGAUCUCUUAAUAUAAUAAACGAUUAAAAAAUGAUUAAAAUUAAUAAUUUACUGUGAUAAAAUUAAUAUAAUUUAUAUUUUUUAAUGCAUAAUCCGCUCCUUUAGUUUGGCAAUAGUCUAUAUUUAAUUUGACAGUAGUCUGCCGGUGCAAGAUACGCCAGCAUUUUAUAUCCGCAUUGAAGCCGCAAAUACGGGGGUUUGGGUUCAUCGGUUUCAUACGCGUUUCCCGACUCUCAAUAUGCGCUCGAUAAUUGAUACAAGCGCGGCGGCGAGCGACGACGGCGGCCAGUCAAUCGACGCUGCCGACUGCUGCCUUUUAUUCGCGGUGGCCUUGGAUUACAUAAGUCUCGCAAGGUACCCUCCCGCAAUGCGAGGCCGAAUGCACGUGAAUGCAAAUGUUCAUUGUCUCGAAACGGGGUCGCGAAUUUAAUCGUAAAAACGGCGCGAGGACAUCACCUCGCCUUUACGCGUCCUUACGCGCGACGAAAAUUCGUUUACCUAAUUUCGCAGAAUUUGUCGCGCUCGUCCGUCGUGUGGACUUGAAACGUCAUUAAAAAUUCGUGGAGGCAUCAGGGAACUCAUUGCGGUAAUCUUUUUCAAUUUUUUCUGCGCGAUGUAACUUGGAUUUUGAUACACCACGUGUGCGGCGACUGACGUUUUAAUGAAAUAACAACUAAGACGUUUGACCUUUUCAUACUAUUUUGUUGAUUUAACUAGUAGGAAGCUGUGACGGUCAUCGAUGAUCGACAAUACUGCACUAAUGUAACUUACUCAUUUAGAGUAAAAUAAGCGACGGUCGAUAAUUAAACGAGUAUACUUGUCAGAAAAUGCGCUUAUAUUUCGCGCAUAAUUGGACGCACAAUUUUUCAGUUCUCGCAAAGUCGUUCGAAGCUUGCAAAAUGACGAUAUCUGUCGAAUUUAAUCUUGUCAAAUGUUUUCUUUUUAAUUAUCUAAUUUUCUCGAAAUUAUUAGGGGAAAGUAAUGUCGUUUUUAUAAAUAAUGUAAACAAUAUGAAGAUGCCUUAGUAUAAUUUAUUAUUUAUUCAAAAUAAUAAUAAUAAGAUCGUUCCUUAUUUAUUAAUUUUUUAAUUCCUGUCUUUCGAAGAAGCUAACCGGCUUUGAUUUUGUAACGUGACAAUAAUCGACCGUAUGUGGUUGUAACAAGUGCAACAAAAAAUUAGAGAAUUACGAUGAAAAGUACUCUCUCAUCCACCGUAUUCGCCUCAUCGAACUAUAUACUUUUUUCGAUCAUUAGAGCACUUCUUACGAGAGAAAAGCUUUAUAAUAGCAAAUAAUGUUCGAUUCGCCUUUAUCCACAUGUUUCAUGUCAAAACCGGUAAGCUUCGUCGAGAAACAAAUUAAAAUAUUAGUAAAUAAGUGAAUGAUUAUUGGAGGAAAUAAUGGCGAUUAUUAUAUUACUGAAUAAAUAACAAAUUAUAUUAACAAAAUCGCAUGCUGUUUAUAUUUUUUACUAUUUAUAAAAACGGUAUUUAUUUUCCCUCUGAUAAUGAAAUUAAAUCACAAAAAAUCAAAAUGCUUACCGCUAUUAUUGAAACAAAUUUGUGUACGUUAGUUACACAAACGGUUUAUCAAACUCUCGUUGAACAAAAAAAUGACAAAUCUUGAUACUUCUACGCUAGAAAUAUAUUUAUAUAUAUAAUACGUUUGCUGCGAGAUAUGUUUCAUAUUGCAUGUAAAUGAAGACAUUUACGUUCUAUUAUCUUACCAUCUCUAUUUCAUGAUAAAACAACAUCGUAUCAAUAUGAAAGCAUGCGCAACUUGCGUUACUCGUUCGCGUUCCUGACAAGAUCGAUCGCCGCGAUCGUAAAUAGCGUGUAAGUGGAGAGGGACACGCGGAAAUUAUUGAUACUCUUCCAAUCGAUCACGAGGAUUGUCAUGGCAAACGCGGCUGAAUUAGAUUUCUAAAUGUCUAACCGGAGAGAAUGGCCGUUUAUAAACUUUCGAUGAUUCCAUCAAUCUUCCACCCUGAACUUUGUUCAAAUCGUAUUUGAACUACCAAUAACGAUCUAUUAUACUUAUUUUCAUUAUUUAUCGUUACUAUCAUUAAGCGGUGUCUCCCCAUUUGCAAUUUUCUGCUCGCUCUCUCUCUCUCUCUCUCUCUCUCUCUCUCUCUCUCUCUCUCUCUUCCAGAAGAUUUUAUUCAAAAAGAACAUCCGCUCAUGUCGCGUCACAAAGGAGCUCCGUAACUUUCACUUUAUAUUUUGCGCUUUGCUUCCUUUUAUUUCUAGCGAGGCGAAAGUCAAAAAUACAAAGUGGAAAAUAAUAAAGUUGCUUUAUUCAUUAAGAGGAUAUUCUACUUUUUCCGAGAAAAAACUUAUUUUUAAAAAUAUUUUAUAGAAAAAUUAAUGAAGCAAUUAAGAUGCACCUUUUGCAGAAAUGUUUAUUGAUAAUUUGCAGAUUAUAUAAUUAUAUUUUUUAUUAUCGCAGACUAUUCAAUGAAUGAUGUCAAAGACGAUUGUGGAGACAUUAAAUUCUAAGACUGUAUAUAGAUCCAUUUUACG